GGGAGGGAGGGGGAGGGCUGUUUUUGAGCGUGUGCCUGAGAAAUGAGAGAGAAAGAGAGAGAGAGAGAGAGAGCGAGAGAGGGAGGAGAGAGGAGGGAACUGAGCUGAGAGAAAUCUGUCAGAUUCAAACACACUGCUCUGUCUGUGUGAGUGUGUGUGUGUGAUAGAGAGAACGAGGGAUGAGAAGAAGAGAGGGGGAGAGCUGAGGAACAGAUAGAAAGAGACAGCACAGGACCACAAAGUGAGGCCAGUUCACCUAUGGCUCAACAUUCAUACCAGAGGCCCAGGCAAUUCCAUGGACACAUCGACCCGACUGACAUCCCUGCUGAGUGCAGCCGAUCGACACUGAUGCUGAUGCGCUGCAUGCAGCUGUAGAGCAGCAAGGUCAAGGGGUCAGGGGUGAAAGGUCAGAGUCUACAGAGCCAGAGCCGGCUAAAAGGUUUCAGGAGGGGAGACUGAGCAUACAAGAAGAAUCAGGGUUCAGGAAGUAAGGUCUCAGUGACAGACGAGGGUCAAGGGGUCAAAGAUGAUGACAUCACAUGGAAAGCUGAGGAGGGAGAAGGGGAGUCUGGCCGAGUAUGAAUCGCAGAUGAAAGACCUGCGGGCCCAGCUGACAGACCAGAUAAAGAUUUUAGAUUCUCAGGUGGAGGUAAAACAGCAGCAGCUCUCAGACCUCUCUGAGUUUCUCCGGCGCCGUGGCGACAUUGAGGCUGAAUAUGCACGUGCCCUCGACAAACUCACUGAGAGGUUCACCCACAAGACUAAGAAGAAGGAGCAGUGGGGUCAGUCUGUGUGUCAGGUCUGGUCAGUUUUGCUGACUCAGACUCGUUUAGAGAGCCGGGAACAUGCAGCACUGGGUGACACCUGCUGUAACACGCUCACCCAGAGACUGACCCACAGUACGGAGGAUACACACCGUCUACACAAACGGAGCAAAGAGGUUGGAAUUCAGAUGCAGGAUGAGCUGCUAAAGGUCACCACUGAACUCCAGACAGCUCUGAAGACAUAUAACCAGUACCACACAGACUGCCUGAUAGCUGAGGGGAAGCUGAAGGAAGCCGAGCGAUUGGAGGAGAGACACACCGGCAAGUCCGCUGAGCUCGGCCCCGGCCAAUCAGGAGGACAGAGGCGGAGUUCUGUGAAGAAGAUGGAGAGAUUAAUGGAGAAGAGGCAUGGCAGAGUGCAGGAGACCCAGCUGAAGUGUACCAAGGCUCGUAAUGACUACCUGCUGAAUCUAGCAGCAGCCAAUGCAGCCAUGAACAAGUACUACCUGCAGGACGUGAGCACUCUCAUCGACUGCUGUGACCUCGGUUUCCACCUGUCUGUGGAGAGGAUGAUGAGGUGCUACCUGGCCAGUAGGUGGCGCAUCCAGAAAACAGAGGAGACAGGGCUUAAGCAGCUGGAGGCAGCUGUGACAUCCCUGGACCAGGGAGGAGAUAGGGAUGCGUUACUGCAGCAACAUGACGCUGCCUUCUGCCUUCCAUUCAGAUUCAACUACCACCCACAUGAGGGAGACCAGGUGUGUGAGGUGAGUGCGGAAAGCCAGGUGAGGUACGAGCUGGAGACCAGAUUCCAACAGCUUCAGUCUCGACUCGCUGCCGUUACCUUGGAAACAGAGGAGAUCAGUAAAACGCUUAAGGCUACACUCACAGCUCUGCUGGACAGUAUGUGUGACAGCGACUGUAACCCCUCCCCCGAUGUGCCCAGCAGCCUAUCACAUGAGCCCCCUGGAGGAAGUGCUGCCCCAAAACUUACCCUUGCCAAGCGUCGAGCCAAUCAGCAGGAGACAGAGACCUACUAUUUUACAAAAGUGAAGGAGUUCCUCACCAGCAGUUCUCUGACCUCCAAACUUCAAGCCAAACAUGACCUUCUACAAGAUGCCAUACAGAAAGCUGAGGCCGUCGACAGUGACCCUUCCAGAAUGCAAUGUGCUCGGUCAGUGCGUGUUCGGAAGUCCAGACCUGUUUCCCAAUUCUGCCACACACUCUUCACCACAGACAUGCUCUCCUACAUACAGAGCUCUGGGCAGCAGAUUCCUGUGGUGGUUGAAAGCUGCAUCCGUUUCAUAAAUCUUCACGGCCUCCACCAUGAAGGAAUAUUCAGAGUUCCUGGGUCACAGAGGGAGGUUAACCUCAUUAGAGAUGCAUUUGAGAGAGGAGAGGAUCCUCUGUCAGACAGUGAGUGUGACCUGGACUCUGUGGCUGGUGUGUUGAAGCUUUACUUCAGAGGCCUUGAGCCUCCUCUCUUCCCUUACGACAGCUACUCUCAGCUGCUGGAGUGUGUUCAAAUUGAGGGAGACACAGAGAAAGCUGCCCAGAUUAAAGCGAUUGUCUCCACCUUCCCACGGCCCCUCCUCAUCGUGAUGCGUUACCUUUUCGCUUUCCUCAAUCAUGUGUCUCAGUACAGUGAUGAGAACAUGAUGCAGCCCUACAACCUGGCCGUUUGCUUUGGCCCGAGCCUGCUGAGGGGAAUGGACUCUGAUGACGCUGUUGCUAGGCAGCCACAGGUCAAUGACCUCAUCAAAACCAUGAUCCUCCAACAUGACGUCAUCUUCCCUGGCCAAUCAGAACUUCCAGGCCCCGUCUACGAGAAGCACAUGACUCUGGAGCAGGAGUACUGUGAACCAAUCACAGAGGAGGGAGAUGGAGAGACUGAGCAUCUGCCCAGUGAGGACGAGUGGGAAGCAGUGGCUAUGUUCGACUACGUGGCGAGAUCUCCAGCAGAACUAUCGUUUAAGCAGGGAGAGCUGCUCAUCCUUCACAGCAAAGCCUCCUCUGAUUGGUGGAGAGGCGAAGUGGGAGGGGUUAAGGGUCUCAUCCCUCACAAGUACAUCAGCGUGCUGGAAGGGUCAGAGCGAGGGAAAAGAGAAGAAGGAGGAGGAGGAGGAGGAGGAGGCAGCACUGGAAACCUGACAGCAGAAGAUCCACAGACGGAGAACACAACUCGGAUGCGGGUGAACAGCGACAGUGCUUCGUUACCUGGAAGACAGAGAGCAAGUGAGGGGAGCCCCAGUCGAAAGCCGCCAACCUCCCCUGCCACACGACACCUGCCAGUGUCUCACGAGAGAAGACACACUUUGGACACUGUGAGACAGGGUGGCUUCAGACCCACAGACAGACCUCCAUUUGGUCAGGGAGACAGAACCACAGUUGACAAGGAGAUGAUCAGCCGUCAAAUGAACUCAGUGUUCAAGGAGCUCCUGUCACGCCAGCCUCCUGUCCAGUCGUCCACCCUCGCCACCCCUGCUGCCCCUGCUCCCUCUUCCUCCUCCUCCUCUUCCUCUCUUCCUCAAGCUGCCCCCGCUGCCAAAAAAGUAGGAUUCGGCCUCAGAGGACGGGCCCUUUUCAGGCCAGUGGACUGAGAGAGAGGAGAGGAUGACUGGAAUCACUGAUUUAUUGUUUGACGAUGAUGAUGAUUACACUGAUGAUAAUGAUGAUGCAUUUGGUGAAGAUCUUGAUUUAUUUUUUUGACACGUGUAUAAUACUUCCGUCUCUGCCAUCUCAUAGUGCCACUAGUCUCGGUGCCGUGUUACUGUACGUCCAGUGUGUCUGUUUUCCAGCUGGUUUCGGUCCUUUUAUGUUCUGGUCUGUUUUCAUUCUCCAGGCUUUUGCAGUUUUUGGAGAAUCAGGGAUGUGACAUCACCAGUGAUAUCACCAGACUGACUUGUAAAAGUGGUUGCCAUGAUACUUACGUCAAAAACAACAACAGACUUAAGCUGCCCCCUAGCGGCAGGUCUGAGAUCAGCUCACCCUAUAAUAUUUGCUUUAUUUUGAAUAACAAACUGAUCUGGGGCCUGUGUCUAGGAGUGCCUUCACAUCUUAUUCUUAUCCUGUUCUUCUUAUUCUUCACAUUUAUUUCACUUGAAAAUAUCUGAUAGGUUUUAACUCUGCAUAUGAAUAUGUUUAAAAAUGUGAUUCAGAAGGACAUUUUUGGAACCCCACGUUGUUCAAUUUUAUUUCAAUAAGAUGUCAUGAAAUGAAGAACCAUAUGAUUAAACUGUGUAAAAUAUAUAUUGAUAAAAAAAAGUGAAAUAACUAAGGAAAUUGUUAAAAUGCAACUCAUUAUGAUGAAAUGUUAUGUACCAUUGGCAUUGUAACGGUUUUCUAAAUAAACCAAGAAGAAGCUGCUACUAUAAAUAAACACAGAACUCAAGCUUUUAGCUUUUAGCUUUUCUUGCUCAAGCUAACAGGAGCUAACUGGCUAAAUCAGGUAGCAGUUGUUGAGCUUGCUAGUAAGAGCAUGAUAAUAACAUAACUGUCAUGAAAAACGGCAACACUGAAGAAAAAGUGGUAUGAAAGUGUAUCUGUGAAAAAUAAACUCCUAUAAAAUAAUUAUUAUCAGAAGAAGGCUAACAUAACAUUUCAUAAUGAGCUGAGUUUCAAAAAUUCCUUACAUUACUUCACAAAUUAUUGUUCCAUAUUCAUAUUCAGUCAGGUAACAAAGGAAAAACCUGAAAAAUGAAUGGAGAAACAGGAUGGCAGUGCACAUCCACAGCACAUGAGGGGUCAUUGAAUGUACACAGUUUAUUCAACUGGUAAUUUAUUUCAUAAUUUUAUUAAUGCAUUGGAUACUGAACACUGUGGGGCUCCCUAGAUGUUAGUUGGGAAAACUGUAAGCAGUAAGGUCAGUAUUUUAUAUCAGCAUGCAGUGUUAGCAUAGACACACACACACACACACACGCACACAGAUGAAACACACAUUCCCCUUCAUAUGUGAUACAUGGCCUAAUGGAGAGGCCAAAUCUCAGGGCUUUUGCAGAGUUAGAGAUGGGCUAACUCAGGUUUGGCUUUGAAGGAAUAAGUAAGAGUUUUUUUUUUUUUGUUUGUUUGUUUGUUUGUUUUGUUUUUUCACUCAGGGCUUCGGUUGACUUACUCUUCAACUAGAAACUGUGCCCUAGCCUCAAGAGCCAAAAUGGCCCCCAUAUCAGAGAGGAUAAAGUGACAUCCUCUGGUUUAAACUGUGAAUGCAAUGGCAACAUUUUGGAGCCACAAUCAAAACUCUGUCUCAUUCAUCCACACAUUUUGCCCCCCGACUAUAUAUCUAGCACCAUCCACAGGUCCCAUUCAAAUUCAAAUGUAUGUUCCAGGAUUUUUGCAGUGAGGUGUACAAUUCCUUUGAUUCUGAAAGCAUUAGAAAUGUUUUUACUUAUGGCAUCUCCCCUCUGUUGUGUUCAGUAUUGGAAACAUAGAAGUAGAAUCUUUUUUUUUUAAUUGAUUCUGCUUCUAUGAUUAAAACACCCUGUUAUUCUGGAUCACUGUUUGAUGAUGUCACUAAAUUUACUGUGUCCAACUGUAUAUGUGGUUUAAAAAAAGAUAUGAAAACAAUAAAGAUGAUAAAGUGAUUAAUGAUUAA